AAAGCAGUAAGAGAGAAUUCCGGAAUAUAUAAGAAAAGCAGGUCAAUGCUAAAAAUCCCCGUUAAUUAAAUCCGGUGGUUAAAGGAACGAGAUCGAAGAAAAUGGAGAGCAAGGAAUUUGUUUUCUCAGAUCUCAACUGCAAUUGAAUCGGAGAAACCCUAUCUCGCCUUCUCCCUCCAAUGAGAUCUCCCUCGAUCUGGUGAUUUUCCGGCUAAUGCUCCUGAGGUAGAUCGCAGGAAUUCUGGUUCACCAUCCAUACGCAGCAGCAGCCGCGGCCGACGACAUCCCAAUCGCAGUCCUGCCAUAUCUUCGCCGGAGGGAGAGCGGACGGAGCCGAUCUCCCCUGGUUGAAAGAGGAGAGAGGAUGAGCGGGAAGCUGAUCUCGCCGGUUCCGGCGGUCACGGGUCGGCUGUUCACCGUGGGAUUGGUGAUCUCGUGGUACGCGUCCAACAUUGGCGUGCUGCUGCUAAACAAAUACUUGUUGAGCAACUACGGCUUCAAGUACCCGAUCUUCCUCACCAUGUGCCACAUGACGGCUUGCUCACUGCUCAGCUACGCGGCAAUCGCUUGGAUGAAGAUUGUCCCGAUGCAGGCCGUGCGUUCGCGGUUGCAGUUUGUUAAGAUAGCUGCGCUCAGCUUGGUUUUCUGCGGAUCCGUGGUAAGCGGCAACAUCUCGCUACGGUACCUUCCGGUUUCCUUCAACCAGGCCGUAGGCGCGACCACGCCUUUUUUCACCGCGGUGUUCGCUUACAUCAUAACCGUGAAGCGUGAGGCGUGGAUCACCUACGUCACGCUGAUCCCGGUUGUCACCGGUGUCAUCAUAGCUAGUGGGGGAGAGCCUAGUUUUCACUUAUUUGGAUUUAUUAUGUGUGUUGGUGCAACUGCUGCAAGGGCAUUGAAAUCAGUGCUACAAGGCAUUUUAUUGUCCUCUGAAGGGGAGAAGCUUAAUUCGAUGAAUCUCCUUCUAUACAUGGCUCCAAUUGCAGUUGUAUUCUUACUUCCUGCUACACUUAUCAUGGAGAAGAAUGUGCUUGGCAUUACCAUAGCACUUGCUAGAGAAGAUGUUAAAAUUGUUUGGUAUCUCCUGUUUAAUUCUUCUUUAGCAUAUUUUGUGAAUCUGACCAACUUCUUGGUCACCAAGCACACUAGUGCUUUGACUCUACAGGUUCUUGGGAAUGCCAAAGGUGCCGUGGCCGUGGUUAUUUCAAUUCUAAUAUUCAGGAACCCGGUUUCGGUGACAGGGAUGCUGGGUUACAGCCUCACUGUUAUUGGGGUCAUUCUCUAUAGUGAAGCAAAGAAGCGCAACAAAUGAGCAGCCGGGUAACCUUGACCAUCCCUUACAUCUCUUUACUGUAACAUUGAUGGCAAUUACUUCGCAAAGCAGGCGGUUAAGGUAAGACUUGUAUGCCAUAUUUGUCCUGGUUGCGACCGCAUCUUUGCUAGGAGAAGCCUGGAGAAGUCUUACUACUGUAUCAGCAUCAGAGAUUGGUUAUCCUUUUAGUGCCUGUUUUUAGGGAUUCUUUCUUCCACCCAUAAGGUUAAAAGUCCAAUUCUUUGAGAUAGAAAUAGUCAUGGCGCCCCUGCCCUUAAUAGUUAUAUUUGUUCCGGACAGACUUUAGUUCUAUAUUAACAUACACAUUAAUUGUUUUAUGAUGCCAGAGACUUUAUUUUGUGAUUCUUGAACCUUCUGUUAAACACAACUUAUACAGAAAUGUUGAAGAGAGGUGCUUUAUAUUUUGGCUCUCCUUUCGUUGUAUUGCUCCAUUUCUUAAAGAAAUUGUUGCCAUUAUUGUGCCUCUUGUAGAA